AUGUCCCGCACCGAAGACGCUUCCCAUGCUCCCGAGCAUGGCAAGUCCGCGCCUCCCGAGGCUAGCGGUGUUGAGACUCAGAGAGUCUAUCAAGCACCGCAUCCCUACUAUAGCCCCGACCGAGUUCCACCCCGGCGAACUUCGCCAAACAUGCCCAAGCAUCAGGAGAAUUGGGCGAGUCCCGUAGGAAUUGGCCCAGUUCUGACAAUUGCCAAUGAACAAGCAAAGUCUCGACCAAUAAGGCCCAGUCAUCCACAUUCUGUAUCGCUACAUUUACCUGUGGGAAGCGGUCCAGUGCCUCCAGAGGGCUAUCCACCAUUUCGGCAGCCAAUACGACCUUCACAGAACACCAUUUCUGAAUCUGGCGUCUCACCUUAUUCCGAGUGCAGCUAUGGACAUCCUUACCAUCGCCCAGCACAUUGUCAGUCAUUUUGUGCUCAGGUAGCAUACUACUCACAAGACCAGGCUUGUGCUCCGUACCGAGGUAUUGAUCCUAUCAAUAUCAGCCACGACAAGAAACAACAAAAGCGAAAGCGAACUAUAUCUGGGGUUCAAGAUAUGCACAGAAAGUUUUUCGCGGCAAGCCUUCAGUAUCCAUACCUAACUGAGGAUGAGAAGCAAUAUCUCAUGCGACAGACCGGACUUUCGAUGGGUAAUUUGAUUCAGGAGAGCUACCCGGGUGGCCAGGAAGAGUCUGCUCAUCGUGGCACAAUCUUUUUCAGUUUCACUAGAACUGUCGAAGCCUUCACUGGUAGCAUAUCGAUAGAUCUUGAAGCCCCCUCGCCUCGAGCUGGGUACGACAGACCUCCGGUGCUUACGAGAGACCGAGCCAUAGUUGGGCCUCCAUUGCUUCUUGAACCGCCCGCCCCUCUACCAAAGGUUCCGGAUUUAAAAGAAAUCCAAUUUAUACCAGAACGACAGUUGGCCCCGAUAAGGAACCAGCCACCGUCCCAAACUGCUAUUUUCUUUUUCCUAGAGUUUAUAAACUACAGGGCUCUAUUAUAG